AUGAGACGUGAAACAUUUCAAGUAAAUAUUGUAUUAACAUGUUUAGAAGUGUUUAAUAAAACUCAGCCGUUCUGGUGUACAUUUAGAAAAGGACGUUUAUCUUUCAACUUGGAGCAAUGUUUGUAUAUUACGUUGUGGAAGUUAAGCAAUUGUGGGGUAACCUUUCGACAUUUAAGCGAUCGUUUUAAUGUAGCAAAAGGUUGUGUCGACGGUACACAUGUCAAAAUCCCAAAACCAAAAGAAGAUCCUAUAAGCUACUAUAAUAGGAAAGGAUUUUAUUCUAUUAAUGUGCAAGCCAUAUGCGACAACAAAUUUCGUUUCCUGGAUGUUUUUAUUGGGUACCCUGGUAGUUGUCAUGACGCCAAUGUAUGGAAUAAUAGUCCAAUUUAUAAUUCGGUUGUCGGUGGUCAAAUACAACUUGCUCAGAACGCAAUAAUACUUGGAGACUCAGCGUAUCCACUUUCUACGUUUUUGUUGACUCCAUACAGAGAUAACGGUCACCUUACGCGUGAACAAAAGAAAUUUAACUUUUGCCUUAGCUCGACUCGUGUUAUGAUUGAGCAAGCGUUUGGGAUCUUAAAAAAUAAAUUUAGAAUAUUAUAUAGCAUGGACACAGCGAGCCAUAAAAAAAUUUCUAAAAUUGUGUUCGCUUGUACUAUUCUCCAUAAUUUUAUUAUUAAUAACGGAAACCCAUCAGAAUACAUAUCAUCAAAUAAUAAUGUAAUAGAAAACGACGAUUUUUCUAGCACUACAAUAAAUGAACUACCAACGGGCGAAGAUGAAGACGGAGUUACUUUAAGAAAUAACUUAACAACAUUAUUUUCAAGUUAA